ACUAAUAAGAUGGUGUCAUCUCAUGUUAUGCAUUACAAAAUUAUAAAAUCAAUAUUCAUGUUUGCAGGAGAAGGCUUAUGAGGUAUGUUUGUAGAUUGUUGAGCUAGCUCUUUGUGUAGAUGCCACAGCAUUGUAGUUGAAGGUCUUGUAAUGUUGCAUGAACUUUGAGCUGCAUUGAUCUGGUUUGAUAACAACGUUUGCAAUCAAACACACUGCAGCAGGAUAUAAAUUCUGUGCACGUUUGCACUACUUUGGUGUUGCUGUAUCACACAGCCUAUGGUCGUUCAUAAAAUGGUUUGAUCAGUACUGUAGUUUCUGUCACUUUUUCCUUCUUACAGCCAUUGGUUGAGAUUAUGAAAAGACCGAAGUAAAUAACAGUUCUUUUCUUAUCAGUGUUAGUUCCAGAGUCUGUGACCGGAGAUGCUGUCCAUAUGCCCCAGCCUAAUUUUGGUCUUUUCUAGUGCACCCUUUUCUUUAAUUCAUCAGUGAAAAUACAUAGCAAUCUUAACUUUCUGCAUUGAAUUCUGGGUUGCUUAUCAAUGCUUCAUAUGGCCAGAAGUUUUAUCUUAGUUGCCUUGAAACUGAAAAUCUUGCAGUGCCAUUACUGUGCAGGCUUUAAUCUUUCUAAGCAGGUAAGAAAAUAUAAUGGUUUAACAAUAGUAAAAAUUACAUUGGUUUAAAUAGCUUUACAAUAAGGGCUGAAUAGUAAUUUUAUAAAUGUUUCAUAUUGAUUGUCUUUCUUGACUCUGAAUAGAUAACAACAAAUAUAAAACUUUUCGUUGCUUGGACUGAAUUGUAUUAGUUAUUCAAAAAAAUUGAUAAUAUAAUAAAUGGAAGAUAAAAUCAUAAUAUUUAAUAAUUACAUAUUAUAACUUUUUAAAAAAAAAUCACAAUUUUAGUUAAAGUUUACGACUUAGAAAGGUGGUAUGAUCGUGAGCAAUUGGUAAUAGAACCUAAUUUUAAAAGCGUGAAUAUUAACGUCGUAAUAAAUAAGCCUUUAAUAUAAUAAAAAGAAUUUAAUGAUAUUUUAAAAAAUCAAAGCUGAAUAAAAUCGUCUCGGUGAGGCUGCUCGCAUUGUAGUUUACCCUUCGCAAAAUCAAAAUCUGUGAGUAUGAACCUCUCUAUCUCUCUCAACGUAUAAAGGCGGGAAACACAGAAUUUCUCCCUUUACUAUCAAACUCACCACCGCAAUACGUAGCUUCAGACUCUACCGCGCUCUCUCUCCUUCCUUCUUCUUCUUCUUCUUCUUCUUCUUCGAUGCUUUCAGAAAUUCACUUUCUAAAUUUGCGGUAGCUUCAAUUUCUUCUGUUCAGAGGCCAUCUCCUCUCUGUGCGAAGCUCGUCUCGAAAAAUGGAGAAACUCAGGCCAGCGUGGGCUGUCAAGGCAAUCAUCGUCAUCCUUUUCACUUCGAUUCUUUUCCGAUGCGUCUGCGGCGAGAAUCAUACCGUCGGCGGAGCCUCAGGCUGGGAUCUCCGUUCCAACAUUCAGGCCUGGUCGUCUACGACGACGUUUAAUAUCGGAGACGAUCUCGUAUUCUCGUACACGCCAGUUCACGAUGUGGUGGAGGUAAACCAACUAGGUUACGACACGUGUACGAUAGCUAACGCCCUUGCCACGUACGAUAAUGGAGAAACCGUGAUUCACUUAAGCGGAGCGGGAACGCGCUACUUUGUGUGUGGCAGAAUGGGCCACUGUCAACAGGGCCUUAAACUCCAGGUCCAAGUUCUAGCCCAGUCUAACAACGGAAGCAACGACGAUCAAAACCAAGGCCCCGGCAACACCACCUCUUCUCCUCCGCCUCCUUCUCCUCCGCAGCCUCGUUCUCCUCCGCGGCCUCCUUCUCCCCCGCCUCACGGUGUCGAACACUCUCCCGCAGAUGAGCCCUCACCCUGCGACUGUUCGGGUGCAGACGAGCGUUUUGGGGUGGUGCCGUUAAUUACGCUCGUAAUUGUGCUCGCUUUCGCCCGCGCUCCUUCUUCCCUUUUCCACGCCUCCGUUUUCAUCUCAUGCGUUUAAAUUGCUGCAUUUUAGUUUUACCUCAGCCUAUUGCUCAGGGCAUAUAUGAAUGUGUCGGUUAGAAAUUGAAUAAUGAGUAUGCUUUAUUCAGUGUGAAUAUUUCUCUGGAUGCAUGGUAUGUACUUUCCUUUCUUGUAAAGUACUAGUUGCAGCUCUGCAUGCAUAUUCAAAGUGAAUAAUUUCUGUGGUUAUAAACUUGCUUUUUCACUUGGUUACUGUUCUGUGUGUGAAUAAUAAAACGGGAUGUAUGUAAAAUAGAUAAGUAAAAAAGGUUGUGAAAAAUGGACGUCAUCUUUAAUUACAACAAUAGUUAAAUCGUUAAUUACUGAUUACAUUAAUUAAUCUUAGUUAUGUAUUAUUAGAGACAACAUGUAAUAUUAGAAGCAGCGAAAUGUUAUUUUCUUUCCACAAUCUUUGAAAGGUCUUUAACAAAAACAGAACCUCACUAAUC